UAUAUACAUAACAUACAGAGUCCGAUCCUUAAUUUGUCAAAUUACAAGGAACUUUUUUAUAAAAACAGAUAUUCUACUAAAGGGUUUUAUACAGUGGUCCAUAAUCAAACAAAUCCAUUAACCCGACACAGCCCCUCAAAACGAUUGUCAUAUCACUGGGAGAUCAAUGUAAUCUGAAAAAGUCCUGGUCUAUAGAAUGUGUAAAAUAAGUAUUACAGUCAAGUAAAUAUAUUAUAAAAAACAAAAAAAAAAAAAUUAAUAAUAAUUUCAGUAACUAAUAUCUUUAGUUAACUUUCUCGCGUCGUACUUAUCUGCCUUUAUAAACAUCUAAUUUGUUUAAGCACAUAAAUGUGUUAUACUGUUAGGGCACAAUCGAAAUUUCUGGGCAAUAUCAGGACUAUGCUAUUGCUUGUAGAUUACACUUAGAAAAACAUUACAUUUAUAUCACUUUCACUGAGUUUUGACUGUAAAUUCCGUGCUAACUUCAAUUGAUAGCAGCCAAUUCGGUUAGUCUAGAUGAUUAAUUGGCAAUAGAUAGUAAAUUUAAGAUAAACGUGAACAAGACAGACGGCUGAUUGUAAUUAUUGUUGUGUAUAGCGAUUUUUAAGAAUUCGCAAUCCCUAAGAACAUUAGAAUUCAUAUAUUUUUUCCUUCAUCUGUGAGAAACUGACACGAUUUACAUUUUACAACUUUACGUCUAUUGACAUUAUAUUAUAAAUAAACGCUUCAUUGGGAUAGUGAAGGAAUUAAGUUAUUACCUUAUUAAUCAUAUUAUUAAGUUAUUUUUUCAACCUACGCUUUCAUAUAAUUGACAAACAAAAAGAACAAUGUUUACGAGCAUCAUUUUUUUAAAAUUCAGAAUCAUCGUAAAGUAACGAUAAGACUUAUUUCAAUUAACUCGAAGCAAUAAAAACACUCACCAUUUACACUAUUUCAAUGAAAAAAAAUCGUCGCAUAUAAAAUUCUACAAUGUUUUUAAUAAUUACAUACGUAUACAUAAUGGCGGGGAUUUUGUUUGCAAAAAAUGAGAGCGACAAGUCACAUUUAAAUAUGGCGCACAUUAAGAAAGUAUGCUCGAACAGUGUUGCCAUAUGCAGGAGCAACGACACUCGCGUGUGUGCUACAAGGAUUACAAAUAGUACAUUGGAAUAUUUGGAUUUUGAGAAUUCGUGCUUUUUAUUUAUAGAAAAUAUGUGCAAAUAUUAUGGUAACGAAUACUCCAUAGUGUCAAGCGGUUAUUGCAUGGAAUAUUUCAAGUUAAGACGACGAAACAUGGAAGAGAACACAAAAAUGGCGCCUCUCAUGAAUAAAAGUCAAAACAACAUACUGCGGGACGGUCAAAGCACUUUGUACGAAGUUGAUACCGCAUUUGACUACCACAACUGUCCGUUGUCCUGCCCCAACGUGUACAGUCCAGUGUGCAUAGGAGUCAAUAGAGGCCACGGGAUGUAUUACAAAUUCCUCACAUUUGUGAAUCACUGCGAAGGAGAUUUGUAUUACUGCAAGAACUGGAGAGAAUUCAGCCCUCCUCCCGACGAAGACGAGUUGGUUCGUAGUUCACCUUUGAGCUGGUCGUUCUGUGCGGCUAACAGAUACAUCCAAUUUGCAAGAUUCACGGAGAUGACAUCCGCGAUGGGGCAUUAUGGUUGGCUGGCUGGCGACUAUAGGCCAACGCAUAUUAUGGAACCCCAUGAACGGAUGCCGGGUUAUGGCUGAAGUAUUAUUACAUAUCUAUUCGUUCCGUUGAUAUUCUUUGUAUACAAAUAUAAUACAAUAAAAUUGUUUCUUAUAAUAUAAA